CAGUGUUUACCUCAUCAGUGAGGAAGGAGGCCGCCCCUCCUCCUCCUCCUCACCAGGUUCACGGAAAUGUAGUUUUCUUUUUUUUUUUUUUUUUUUUUUACCACCAAACAUCUGAAAAAGGUCCAUUCGCAGGUGAGGUUCUGCAUCUUCUGUUUGUUUGGACCCACAUCCGAACUGUUCGCCUCCAGUUUAUUGUGCGAGAUCUUGUUUUUCUGUCCUCAUUCAUGGAUGUCAGAGAUGAGCGCCCUGCGACAGAGAGCCACCGACCUGGUGAGAUAUUAUGAUCACGUCUUGGAGCAGCAAAUCAUGGGACGGGGCUCCUGUCUGGCCUGCAAGGAUGGGAAACUGUGGAUGAAGGUGGAAGGGCUUCUGAAGGACUCGGAUCCCCAAGAGAUGCACUGUCUUGGUCUGGAUCCUCUCAGGGUGAUGGAGGAGUCGUUGGAAGCAGCUGCAGCAUCAGCUUCGUCAGCAGCAGCCUACAGUAGGAGAAGCAAAGCCAGACCCGGGCUUCAGGGCCUCGCGAAAGCCUUUGAGGUUCUGGAGCAGGCAGCGUUGAAUCUGUAUCUGGGUCCCUGGAGGGGGGAGUACAAAGUCAUCAAGAUGUACUCAGGAACCUUCACUCACUACAUUACACCGGUGCUCUCCAUGCCUCAAACUGAGAAACUGUUUGGCCUGUUAGGGUACCAGCCCAGCCCGUCUCGGCCUGAGGAGCUCUGCCUUCGGUCGCCCAAAGUUGAGCCUGCUUCUCUGGAAGACCUCCUGCGUUUGUCUUGUGCCUUCCUUGUAGCCCGCUGUGAGUGUCUCCUUCUUCUGUCCGCCCUGGGGAAGCACGGUGGAGACGCCCGGUGGGAGCUGAGUGUGGUGAGGGGGAGACAGAGAGGACACAGCCUGCAGGUUGCCCUUGACAACACUGAGAUACAACUUGCAGUCAAGCAGCCUGCAGGGACGGAGCUGAUUGAUGGAGAUAUUGAUAUUUACAGAGAGGAGCAGGUUAAUGGUGGGCAGAAGGAGCUUUUAAGUGACGAUGAGGACCCGUCUUCUUUCAGACCAUUUCAAGACAAAACAAUGCUUGGUGCUCAAAGACGCAGAAACAGGCCACCAUCAACACUGCUGGUGGCAGACACUAAAAAAAUCUCCUCAGCCAAUAGGAGUGCAAGCAAAACGUCAUAUGAAAAGCCAAGGUUUGAUGAGAUGAGCUCACAGCAGAUUGAGCUGCCCCAGCUGGACAUGGCUAAGUCUGAUGCCAAUGACCGCUGCAGUUGCCUUCAUGCUCCUACUCUUCCUCUUCAGCACUGCUUUGACUGCGACGCCUUUCAUGCCAUCACCUGUGCUCGUCUUGCUGAUUGCAGUGUAAGCCACCACAAAGUAGAAAAAGCUGGCAGCCCUCUGGAGACAAUGAAAGAGUUGGUUGAGAAGUCACCACAGAGCAGAAACCUUAGAGCUUCCGAUGGUCUCAGCAGCAGCCACCCCAGUAUACCCGCCUUGGUUGCCCACGAUGAUGCCAAUUCAGAAAGCCCAGUGAUGCAACCAAUCAGCUACCACUGUGAGCCUGCUAAGGUGGACCCCCGGCUCCUGUGUCACACCUGUAACGUCUUUCACAGCAGUUCCUGCGUAGAAGGGAAAUUGUGCUUGACAAGACAUAAAACGAGCCGGCUUGGAAUGUGCUCCUGUGGAAAGUAUUGCUCUAGAAAGCCCUUGGUUCUGUGCCACUACUGUGGAAGUGAGUAUUGUAGCCAGUGCUGGUACAAAAAUCCUGUUUCAUGCAUCUGUGGGCAAACAUUCGAUUUGUCCACAUCUGUUUGAUUCGUUUUUUGAGAAGUUCUGCACUAAUGAGGUACAUUUGGCUAAAUCACAGUGCCUUAAAUCUGCUAACGGGAAACAUGGGAUUCUUAGAAAGCAACAUUGUUGCCUCACUGGUUUUCCUCUUUCUGCUAAACUAUUAACUAAUGGUUGCCAUGUAUUCUGCCUUUUGAAAUGGGUUUGUGUUGUUUACAGUGUGUGCUUCUGGGUCACUUCACUGUAGCUUAAGGCAUGGCACAACAGUCUGUUCUUCCGUUUGUUGUUUGCACAUCGUCUGGAGUAAAAAGGGUCAUCUCAC